AGAGAAAAGAAGAGGGUGCCACAGUUCCCAUGGCUGAUCAUCCCAAGAGCUGGCACUUCAUUGCCUGCUGCAGAAAACCAAAAGAGCAACAGGAACCUGAGCAGCAGGGGGGGGUUGGCAUCAGCACUCCACCAGCCCCUCCCAGAGCAAAAUGGUAUCAUCUCUGCAGGAGGAGGGAGGCUGUCGCUCUCAAGAAUGGGAGGGAUGCACACAAAGACAGGCAAAGCUCCAGAGGACUUGAAAACCUGUCUGGAGUGAGCGGUAUGCACUGCUCCCUCGACUCCUCAGACCAGUCCCAGCUGCAGAACCUAGAACUGGUUGAGGAGGUCAUGGUGGACCGCUCAACACAGACGGUCUGGGAAGACCAAAGUGAAACUGAGAGGCAAAGCUCCAGAGCAGAUUGGAACCAGUCUGGAGUGAGCAGUAUGCACUGCUCCCUCGUCUCAGACCAAUCCCAGCUGGAGGACCAUAAACUGGAUGAGGAGCUAACCGUGGGCAGCCCAAAAGAGCGGGUCUCCAGAUGGGAAAACAUGGGCUACAUGGACAGCCAAAGCUCCAGAGCAGUUUGGAACCAGUCUGGAGAUUCAGUGGUCAGCAGCAUGUACUGCUCCCUUUUCUCCUCCAGCUCCUACCACUCUGAGGUGGAGGACUGGAAAGUGGAUGAGGAUCUCAUGGAAAUCAUCCACCGGCAUAUGGAGGACAGAGAGGAGAGAGCCAGCAAUCAGGAUGAGGAUGUCCAUUUCCUCGCGGUCCUCUGUGCUUGCUGCAAGGCUGCAUAUAAGAGCGGCCAGGAGAGUCUGGAUCUCCCCUACAGCAAAGGACAACUGAUAAAAGCAAUCGUGGUGGUGAUGGAGAAGUCCCCUGUGCAGUCUGGGCCUACCAUUCUCCUGCUUUAUGCCAUGGCUGCCGUCUCCUGCCUCAGCAAAAUCAAGCCUCCAACUGACCCAGAGCUAGAGUCUGCGAUCCUGCACUUCGCUGUUCGCGGGGUCAUAGAGGUGCAAGCAGGACAUGUCCACAAACAGGUACAUUCUUAUGGAAUUCAUCAAACACACCUCCUGGAGCCAUGA